GCGAGACGCACCCCAAAUACACACAGCUCAUGUAAAGACAUCUACCACCUGAUAACGGCAUACUCAAUACACCCUGCACACCUUCACACACACGAUAGCCUGAACGUCAAGGCAGGCAAUCAUAAUGAACGCCAUCACUACAUGCACACUGACACAUCACUCAAAGCCACAGACAUCGCACGCAAACACCUCAAACAGCGACUGGCGCCUAGUGGACAUGCCCCACUGCAAGACGGACGGCUCUAA